UGAAGAGUUAUAAAUAUUAAUUAUAAUGGCCGAAAGGAAGGCAGUUAACAAGUAUAUGCCUCCGGAUUACGAUCCACAGAAACAUGGAUCUAUUAAUAAGUAUAGAGGACAACAUCCACUCCGGGAAAGGGCAAGGAAGUUAGACCAAGGCAUCUUAAUCAUUCGCUUUGAGUUGCCCUACAAGAUUUGGUGCUUAGGAUGCAAAAAAACUUUUGCUAUGGGCGUUCGUUACAACGCCGAAAAGAAAAAAAUCGGCAACUAUUUUUCGACUCCCAUUUAUAGUUUUCGUAUGAAGUGUCACGAGUGUCCCAAUUGGUUUGAAAUUCAUACAGAUCCAAAAAACACUCAGUAUGUGUGCGGGGAAGGCUGCCGUAAAAAAAUCGAAGAGUGGGAUACCGAAAAAGUGAAGAAUAUUACUUUACAAGUAAAAGUGUUGUUAAAAAGUUUUUUAUAUAUAUUUAUAAAAAGCAUAGAAGAUAAUGAAAGUUAUAAGUUGGCUUCCAAUGCGCUCUAUAAACUUGAACACGACGUACAGGAGAAAGAAGUUGCGAAAAAGUCCCAACCUUCCUUACUUCGUAUAAAAGAAAUUAAAGAUUCACGACGCGACGAUUACGCGCUCAACCGACUUCUUCGCGAUUCUUUUAGAGAAGAAAAAAAAAGAAAGUUAUUGGAAAAAAUUGGCCAAUCGCAAUUACAGAAAGAAAAAAACGUGAAUUAUACAAUUCUGCCAGAAAAUGAAGAAGAUGAGGCGCUGGCCAAACUGGUUAUGCUAAGGAAGAAACUUUUUUCUGGUGAUAUCACCAAUGGCAAUCAUGCUUUAAAAUUGGAGCCAAUUAAAAGUUCAGUAAUAAAUGAGAGGGUUCAGCCGACGUGGACUACUAAUAAACUGAAACUUCUUAUGAAUAUGAAAAGAAAAACAAAAGUAACGAAAACAAAAGAUAUUUCUUCUCUUGUUAUUAAAAAGGGGAAACCCCAAAAGAAUUAUGCAAAUAGCGAGUUUUUAUAGAGAAUCAUUGCAUACUUCUUAAGGAAAAGAAAAAACUAUUCUAACUUUUACUGGGAAGCAAAGUUUUCAACGGUGAAAUAAUAAA